GUGCGCAGCAGCCGCCCCCAUGUUGGAGGGGCGGUAUAAAGUAGCCAGAUAAUCUUCCCUUUUUGCCCUCUCAGCAGCAGCACCCUUUUAUAUGCAUCGUCUCUCGACAGCUUGUUGUUUUAACUCCGGCAGCGGCCCACUGGAAGCCCUCAUUGAAGCUACAUGAUCAAUCUUUUGGAGACUCAAAGAUAAGACAUGGCUUCUGAGAACUUUGAAAUGAACGGUGAUGCUGACCUACACAUUGAGGCGGAGGCUGCUCUGCAUGAAAACCGGAGGAGGCAGCACAGGUCCCUGAACAUGAACCAUUAUGCCAACAAGAAGAGCGCCGCAGAGAGCAUGCUGGACGUGGCCCUGCUCAUGGCUAAUGCCUCGCAGCUGAAAGCUGUGCUGGAACAAGGAUCAAACUUCAGCUUCUAUGUGCCCCUCAUUACUCUCAUAAGUAUCUCUCUCAUCCUACAAAUCAUGGUGGGAGUUAUACUAAUUUUUAUAGUGAAAUGGGAUCUAAACGAUGAAAACAUGCACUACAAGCUGAACAUCUUGGAGAAUGUUGCCACAGCCUUUGUCUUCAUCAUAGUUGUAGUCAACGUCUUCAUCACAGCCUUCGGCGUGCAGCGGCCCAUUGAGAAUUCUUGAUUAAUUUCUAAUUCUUUCCGUGACUCAUUGGAAGCUGAUCAAGACUUUAACGUUAUCGUCUACAGAGAGUCAUAUUCUACCAACUAGAUGGUCAAGUUAUGCUGUCUGCUCCUUGUGUAUACAUAUGUUGGAGGAGUUCCCUGUUUCUCCAUCUCUGGCCAGUCUGGGAUAAGUGAUAUCAGUCAGCUCUUUUUUACCUCCCAUCAUGCUCAGGUUACUGAUGCAACUAACUCCUUUACUCAUAAAAUAUCUGUUCAGACUGUGUAAGUCACAACCACUGUGAUGGUUUGCUAAACAAAAGACUUCCACUUGUUAUGUUGUAGGGUUUUUUCUUAUCAUCCCUUUAUUUUAUUUAGUAAUAAAUAAAACCAAAUCAAAACAGCAUAAUCCAAAUAAAAUAAAACUCUGAAUGAGUGCAACAGGAUUCAUCUACCCUGACAUGAAACAAUAUACUGUACUAGAACUUUUCUGUGGGGGCAAAUGUAAUGUUUACAAUGCUUCAAAUCUUAUUUAAUUAAGUGUACCUUACUUUUUGUCUUUUAUAAAUGCUAUGCAAAGUGUAUUUUUUAAAAUGAUUUACAUGUACAUUAGUUCAUGUCUGUGUGUCCAUUUGCUUUGAAGCAUUAUUUUUUUAUCACUUUUUUAAGGAUCAAAAUAUUCUUAGCUUAAAAUAUAGUAUUACACAUUGACAAUUUCAAUGAAAUUUGUAAAUAAAACAAAGUCACAAGCUUG